UAGCCAAUCCGCAAAGGGGUAAGCUCUCGGCUGAAAGGAAGUUCGUUUUUUGUAAGCUACCGCAUCGUCGUCGUUGUCGGUGCGGCUCUUCACUGCUGGGCUUCCUCGCGAACCGCCGAAACGACGUGUCUAGGAGUUGCGUGUGCUGAAACUCGACGUAUAAGGUGCUUAUUUGCUUUGGAGCAACACCCUUUCAAUGGCACAUAUCAGUAUAAAUCAAUAUUUGCAACAGGUGUUAGAAUCUAUUGACAGCAGAGAUGGACUGUUUUGUGCAGAGUUGGUGUCAUUUAAACAUCCUCAUGUUGCAAAUCCUAGACUUCAGCUUUCAUCUCCAGAAGAAAAAUGUCAGCAAGUGCUGGAACCACCUUACGAUGAAAUGUUUGCUGCCCACUUAAGAUGUACUUACGCAGUUGCCAACCACGAUUUUGUAGAAGCUUACAAGUGCCAGACAGUUAUAGUACAAUCUUUCCUGAGAGCCUUUCAAGCACACAAAGAAGAAAACUGGGCUUUGCCUAUUAUGUAUGCAGUAGCCCUUGAUCUUCGAAUUUUUGCUAAUAGCGCUGACCAGCAGCUGGCAAAGAAAGGCAAAGGCAAAGUUGGUGACAUGUUGGAAAAAGCAGCAGAACUUCUUAUGAGCUGUUUUCGUGUAUGUGCCAGUGACACUCGAGCUGGCAUUGAGGAUUCCAAAAAGUGGGGCAUGUUGUUUCUGGUGAAUCAGCUGUUCAAGAUUUAUUUUAAGAUCAACAAGCUUCAUCUGUGCAAACCGUUGAUAAGAGCAAUUGAUAGCUCAAAUCUCAAAGAUGAAUACAGCAUGGCACAGAGGGUUACAUACAGAUACUAUGUUGGACGGAAAGCCAUGUUUGACAGUGACUUUAAACAAGCGGAAGAGUAUCUAUCUUUUGCCUUUGAGCACUGCCACCGCUCCAGCCAGAAAAACAAAAGGAUGAUUUUAAUUUAUUUGCUGCCAGUGAAAAUGUUACUGGGCCACAUGCCAAUGAUCCAGCUUUUAAAAAAAUAUGACCUCAUGCAGUUUGCUGAAGUUACAAAGGCUGUGAGUGAAGGGAACCUUCUUUUAUUGAACGAGGCUCUGGCAAAACAUGAGACAUUCUUCAUUCGCUGUGGUAUCUUCCUUAUUCUCGAGAAGCUGAAAAUCAUCACCUACAGGAAUCUCUUCAAGAAAGUGUAUUUGUUACUCAAAACUCACCAGCUGUCUUUAGAUGCCUUUCUGGUUGCCCUGAAAUUCAUGAAAGUUAAUGAUGUUGAUACGGAUGAAGUCCAGUGCAUUCUAGCUAACCUCAUAUAUAUGGGUCACAUCAAAGGCUAUAUAUCGCACCAGCACCAGAAGCUUGUUGUCAGCAAGCAAAACCCGUUUCCUCCACUGUCUACCGUCUGUUGAAUCUGCUGUGACCUAAAUGGAGAUGUGCUGUCCAUCGACGCUGGUUGCUGUUGGAGCAGGAUGGAACUGGCCGUGAAUUUAGACCAAAUCUGUUGG